UGUUCUACAGUCACUUCCUCCUGCAUGAUUUUCUGCAGCAGCAGUUGCGUUUGCAUCUAAAUUAUGCGCCAUUCGUACCCUCGCUGCAGCUUAUUACACGCAGUGCAAUUCAUCUCAAAUGACAGCAGCCCGCGCAGCGCAUCCGUCCAGUCGCGCACACCCACUCGUGGCCGCUGUCGCAGCCCACAUCAGCAGUUUACACGGGGGUUGAGAUCUUUGCGCGCUCAGCCGGUGGCUCAAAGGGGCGCGCGCUUCCCGUGAGCGCGCACGAGCAUCCGGGGCCCCAUCCAUCAGCGCAGAGAGCUGAUUCGGUGCCGCGUAAGUGAAGGAGUCAUAAGUUCCAGCCGGCGGCGUGCGUAAUGAGACCCUUGGAGCAGCGCAGGGAGAGAUGCUGACCCGCGCGGAGCCGGGAGAUGCGGCUUCUUCACGCCAGCGCAGGCGCGGAACCCUCCUGUAACUUUUGAUGCUGCUGAAGUUUACCGUUCGUUCGCCCUCACGUCCGCCUGCCAUGGUUAAGGUUUGCUCGUCAGCGCGCGGAGCGCUCCUCCUGUGCGCCUUCCUCCAGCUUUUCCCGCUCCCCGGCGGACAGGUGCCAAACUGCCAGGAGGUCCGCGCAGUCUUCCACUCCCUGCACCCCGGCUCCAAGUGGGUCCCCGAAACCCCGGUGUCAGCUCACAUAAAUCAAUGAGUUCUAUUUGACUCCAACAUGAAACAACCCUCCUUCAGAGCAGACUUCGAUUGGAGGACAGAUGUAAACAUCUCCCUGCAAAGCGUUUGUUUGGUGCCGAUCUGCAGAUCUGCCAAACCAAAGGCCCGACCUGCUGCUCCAAGAAGAUGGAGGACCGCUAUCAGGUGGCUGCACGCAGCAACAUGGAGUCUGGUCUGCAGGUCGUCAGCUCGCAGCUCAAACGUCUCAUCAUCCAGAACGCUGCCAUCUUCCAGGAGGCCUUCGACCUGGUGCUGCGUCACGGCCGCAACUCCACCUUGACCAUGCUGAAGUCGGAGUUCCCGGGUUUGGGAAGCGGAGCCCAGGGCUCAGUGGUGCAGCUCUUCCGGGAUAUGUCCCUUUACACCCUGGGCUCGGACUCCACGGUGGACAACAUGGUCUCCGUGUUCCUCAGCAAACUGUUUCCCCUCACGCACCGCCGCCUCCUCGGGGGAAGCGCCGCCUCUGUGAAGGAGGAGUGUCUGCGGGGAGCCUGGAAGGACUCGGGAGCUUUUGGCUCCUAUCCUAAAUUGAUAAUGACACGUUUGUCUCGCUCCCUCCUGGCCACACGAGUCUUUCUGCAGGCGCUGAACCUUGGCAUCGAGGUAGUCAACACCACGCACCAUCUGCGACCCAGCAGAGACUGCAGCCGGGCCCUGCUCCGGCUGUGGUACUGCCCGCACUGCCAGGGCGUGCUGGGCCCGCCGCCGUGCCGGGGCUUCUGUCAGGCCGUGAUGCAGAGCUGCCUGGGGGGAGCGGCGGAGGUGCAGCCCCAUUGGAGGAGAUACAUAGACGGGCUGGGGAAGCUGGCUGGUGGCAUGAGGGGGGAGCAGGACAUGGAGGCGGUGGUGCUCCGACUGCCUGCCAUGAUUAAACUGGCUCUCAAGCAUGCUGUGAGCACGCGCAGCCACCUCAGCACCCUGGUGAGCGGGAUCUGCGGACACGCUCCUCAAAGGGCCGCGCGCUCCAUCGACCCUCCUCCUCCUCCUCUUCAUCAGCCCCCCGCCGCCACCGCAGCCCGCGGCGCUCAGCCCUCGGACUCUGACGAGACUUUGGCGGGCCUCCGCAGGGAGUUCAUGACCAGCUUGAAAGGCUUCAGCACCUUCUACAGCGGUCUAGGGGAGGCGUUGUGCAGCCGAGAGCCCACGUCGGCAAACCACUCCCUCUGCUGGAACGGGCAGGAAAUGACAGACAGGUUUUCUGGUCCUGGUCUGAAGCGCCUUCAAGUCGAGUCCAAGAGCAACAAGCCUCUGGAGCCGAUCAUCAGCCAGAUCAUCGACAAACUCAAACACAUCAACCAGCUGCUUCAGAUGGUGGCAGUGUCGGAGAAACGCUGGCGAGCCCAGUCACGUGGAGGUGGAGCAGACGGCUGGGGCGACGAGGACGAGGAGGGCUUCCAGAGCGGAGACUGUGACGAUGAAGACGAGUGCAUGGGGGUGUCUGGGCUGGGCCCGCCACUCAGGCGCAAGCGGUUGCGCAUUUUUGCAGACCUUUCUGAUAACCUGGCCAUGGACGACUUCGCCUUCCAGGAGCAACUGUUGACCCCUCGACUUGCGACCGGUGGAGUCGGAGGCGUGUCCUCGCCGGCGGCUUCGCUCAAGAGGAGCUGCUUGGUCUCUGUUCACUCUGUGAUGGUCGCCCUGCUUCUGGUUUGUCACCACUGACCCAUACGGCUCAAUCCACCAAGAUUCAACACAAACUAUGUGGAAAAGCUUUGAGCUCCUGGUAUGAGUGGCUCAUCAGAAGAAAAGCAUUUAGCUUCCCGAUUUGUCUCAAACAGAACUCGUUUGAUUCAGAUUUAGUGGAUGUUCCUAAAAAACUACAAAAACCCUCUUGAUUGAAGAGGUGAAUUUGUAAACUACUCACUUUACGCUGUUUUCUUGUCUCACCUGCUGAACAUCUCUCUAGUAGAGAUCCUCAUUUUUAGCUUUACAGAGAUGGACCUUCCACCUGGUAAUGUGUUUGAAGUCCACACUGAGUUAUGGCCCUGCAGGAGCAGGCAGGACAAGGCAGACGUGGGCUCCUGGCCCUUUCCUCCAUGACAGUGAAUGAUCUCCACCAGCAUGAAACCUGCGAGGUUUUAGUAAGAGCUGCGAUCCUGAAGGCUCAGGGGAGCCUGACUUAUGUAAGACGGAUUUUCUGACAUUUUUACCACCUUAAAGACCCACUCAGAUGAAUGAUGAUUGUGUUUUUAACAUGUUCUACUGGCAUUUUAUCACGAUAGAUGAAAGAAAAUUACAAUUAAAUUGCAUUUCUGAGUAUUUCUUUAUUCAAAUUGUUGCAAAUCUGGAGCAAAUUAAAAAAUACAUUUGAGUAGUGACAAAAUCUUCCUGCUCUGCUCCAUUCUGAUACGUCCACUUGCAGACAAAUAGAUCCAUGAAUGUCUUUUUUUCUGUCUCAAAACAGUACACCUGGAUAGCUCCAAUAUUCCUUGCCAAUUUUAUUUCACUGCUAAUGUUAAAUUGGGGUGGUGAGAGGCUAUAAGCUACCAGGAGAGUGCGUAAAUAGAUGGAUGAUGGGAAAUAAGGGCAGGCUUACUCUGUGCCAACACUCCCGUCCACAACUCAGAGGUAAAUUUCCAUGAAAAUAUGUCGAGUUUGGCCAAAUAUGACGCAAAUAUAAUUAAAAAUCUUCUGAGAACUCUUUGAAAAUGAGAGUGGGUCUUUAAGAUGUUUAAGAGCUGAUCAUCAGCCUGACAAACGUUCAAAUGUACAUUUUUCUGUGUUGGUUCCACGUUUACAAAAUGUAUUUGCAAUAUCAUGUGGAUUUAACUACUGACAAACUACUGUGAUGAGUAUAUGCAUAUUUCUAGCUUUCCAUUUACUCCUGCUCAUAAACCAUUCAAGUAUAAAUAUGUACAAAGCAUUCGUAAAUAAACCGUGUCAUGUUCGUUUGUAUUGGGCUCCUGCAUUUUAUAAUAUGGGGUUAGAAUUGGAAAACUUCUGUGUUCUAAAUGUUUCAGUGGAACCACAUUUUAUUUCACAGUUCUUUUUAAUUAAACUCGUUUUUUGUAAAAGUAAAGUCCAGCUCCUUUGUUGUUUGGAGCAUGUGUGGAUGUUAUUUAUAAUUCAAAACCUAUUUAUGUCUGUGCUUUAAAAUGUCGUCACAUUUAGAGAAGAAAGUUCAGUUUGUUUGAAUUGUGUUCAUACUGGCAAUCAGAACAAAAAUUGGUAUUUUUGUUAUUAAAAAUUGUGAAUUUCUCUUAUAAUUUAAUUUUGAAAACAUUAAUUAUAAACUCAAAAUCUGAACUUCAUUAAAAAUCUGUUUUCAUCUUUCUGUUGUGUAAAUUUGAUCAAUUUUAUUGAACAAUAAUAUUUAAGGUAAAUUUAUACAAAAAAAAGUUACAAAUCUUCAAACUGCUGAUUAGUAGGGCAAACAUUGAAGAGAAAUGAACAUUUUCAUUUGGAUCAGAACUCUUAAAAACCAGUUUGGCAUAAAAAAAUUAAAUUAAAUUUAAGGUAAUAGUUUUUGUUGCAAAAAUGUGAGAACAGUUUCCAGCUUGUUUGAAUCCCCCUUUGCCGAUCUCCAACCCGGAUAAAAUGCAGGUUUUAUCAGGAAAACUUUCUGCAGAACCAAAUGUGUAGAUCAGUGAUCAACGCUUAUUACUAACAACACUUAUAUAAUAUGUGAUGUGCAAAUAACCCAUUUUUUUAUAUCAAUUUGUAAACUAUUUUUAAAUGAAUAAAAUAGACCAUAUAAUAGGCUAUUUCAUUUCAGUUACAAUUGUAAUCCUCAAACUAAUUUUACCAAUUGUUGUGUUUUUUAAUUGUAUAAAAUGACCAGCAGGAUAAUAAUGUUUCCAUAAAAUAACGAAUAAAAACCACAGAAGAAUAUCUUAAAGGAUGGAUGUCAAGAUGAAGGGCUCUUAAAAUUUGUACAUUUAAUGAGGGCACAAUCAGAAGCCGUCAGUAAAAUUAAGCACUCUUUCUUUUUUUAAUCAUUUAUGAAUAUCGUUUUUCCCUUUGAUAAACUUCAUUGAGCUUUUAAAAACAUGAAAAAAGUAGUUUGUGUUUCAAGAAAAAAGCAGAAAAAGAAAGUUGUACGUUCUCGUCAAAAAUAUGCUGAUGUUUGAAUACAGAAUAAUCCAGAAAGUGAAACUCUAUUAAAAUGUAACCAUAACACAGUUUUAUUGAUGUAAGAAAUUCGGCUGAAAUUGAGCUUUUGGUUUUUGUUUUACAUUUUGAUCUUUCCUAAAAGAAAUAAAGUGAAAAGCCCCUAGUGGUGACUUGAUGAAUAGCACCUAGCUCCAGUUGCUGAACAAGUUUCGAUUUCAAGAGCCUUCCUCUUUAAUUGAUUAAUAAAUAAAAUAAAAUAAAACUCAUAAAGCAAGCCAGAGUUAAAAUUGAAAUUUCAUGAAAUGUUUGACACAGCUUUGUUUUGAUUCCGAUGAACUGGAAGUACACAGUUUUUGUGCAUUUUGGUUCGUUCAGGACACAUCCCUCUUCCAUGCUGUCAGCACACAUCACCGCUGACUCUGUUUAUUUUCACAUUCACGAACCAAAAAGUUUUUCAUAAAAAAAGGAUUUACUUUUUCUUCCUUUCACAGGCUCUGCAUUGACUAUGUUUUAUUUAUGUCAUUGCCCAUUAUGUCAUCUCAUACCGUGAGGCUCCAGCUGGCGUGUGCAUCAUCCAGCAGUAAAACGCUGAAAGCCAGCAUGUGCGUCUGUGCUGAAUCCUGUAAGAUGAGGAUCUUGUUCCGUUCACUGACAGCAUCGUCUCAAAAAGGUUACAGUGAUGAGAUCUGUAGCUUUUAUGUCCUGCUGCUCAUUUCCAACUUCCUCUGCUGUAUUUUAUCCAACAUCUCAAGGUUUUUGGAGGUUUAAAGCUGCAGCGCACUAAAAAAUGUGUUUUUGGUGUUUUUUUAUUAUGUUCUUGUGGCAUUUUUCGGAUGAUGGAGGACAUAUAUGUAAGGAAACUUCAAAAUAGAGUAUUUUUUAUUGAAAUCAUUGUGAAGGAGCAGGCAAAAAAUUUCGUUGUGACAUAAAACCAACAGCAAACUACAACUACAAACAACUACAUUCUGAUGCAUCAAUUUGCAGAUUCAUGAACAUUUUUUUUUUUUACUUGUCUGAACUGUACGGCUGCAUAGCUCCAAUAUCCCUCCCAAUUUUUGCGCUAUGAGUCAGAAUUUUCAAGUUUUUUUUUUUUUUUCAUAUUAUCCCCCGUCUAUCACUGGACUGCUACCGCGCGACCUGGAAAUGUGCUCGGGCGGCCUCUGACCGGCCUCAACUUUGAGAGAAAAAUUGUUUAGUCACAACAAAUUUUUAACUUUUUCUUAAAACCUGCCGAAUCUUCUGUAAAACUUGCAUUUAGGUGGCCAUGCGGUGACAUUUUGGGAUAUGUCAUCUAACUCGGAGGUGAAUUUCUGACGAAUUCCUGCCGCUCUGCAGAAACUAUGUCCUAGAACACGACACAGGUUCUUUGAUUUUGUCUAGAAAAUGCAUUAUUAUAAUUAAAAGACAACAACUUUGAAGGAGUGAAUUGAAAUGGCUCAAUAAACUACGACCGCUA